AAGAUAUUAGGAAAAAACGGGCAAUCGGAUCGGAUCCGGGCAGCAUGUGUACCGGCAUGUGCCUCUUUCCUUCCAUGCUUUCAUAACACCAACGUAUUUUAGUAUUUAAAACCAAAUCAAAACUUUUGAUAUAAAUUGGACCCCCAACCCCAAACGCUUUAGAGAGAGAAAGUAACAGUGAUAUCUUUCAUGGCGAUUUAGUCGAUAAACACUCAACAAUUUCUUCGAUUUUCGGUGCACUGUUAGCUGUAAUCUGCAGUUUCCGUUGUUGAAGUCGUGGUUCAAACAAGAGCUGUUUGAAAUCAACAUCUAUUUGAAAUCAACAUAUAUUUGAAAUCGUGGGAGGAAGAAGAAAUGAUGCAGAUGGAUCGGAGACCUUGUUUGGAUGAGUUUGAGAAGCUUCUCGUUCGAAUGAAUACUCCAAGGGUCAGGAUCGACAAUGCUGUUUGUGUAAACGCAACCCUCGUCAUGAUUGAUAGUGCGAGGAAAGAUGGAAUUCUUCUAGAGGCAGUUCAAGUUCUUACAGAUCUGAAUCUUUUAAUUAAAAAGGGUUAUGUUUCUUCUGAUGGAAGAUGGAACAUGGAUGUAUUUCAUGUUACUAAUUUGGAUGGCAACAAAUUGGAGCACGGGAUCAUCGAUUGCAUUGAACAUCGUUUGCAGUCACUUGGAACGGUACACAGCACAAGAUUCAAAUCUAUCGAUGGAAUCACAGCAAUCGAACUAACUGGUACCGACAGAGUUGGUCUUUUAUCUGAGGUUUUUGCGGUUCUCUCUGACCUCAAGUGUGAUGUGGUUGAGUCAAAAGUAUGGACACACAAUGGCCGAAUCGCAUCUCUCAUUUACUUAAAAGAUUGUGAUUCGGGAUGCCCAAUCGGGGAUUCUCAGAAAAUGGAAAGCAUAGAAUCUCGUCUAAGGAACGUGCUUAAAGGUGAUAAUGAUAUCAGAAGUGCGAAAACUUCGGUUUCGAUGGCUAUCACACACACUGAGAGACGACUUCACCAGAUGAUGUUUGCAGACCGUGAUUACGAGAGAAGUCCAAUCAUAAAAACUAGUGGCAAAUAUUCUCCAACUGUAUCUGUUCAGAAUUGCUUGGAGAAAGGGUAUUCGGUUCUAAACGUUCAAUGCAAGGAUCGACCCAAGCUUUUGUUUGAUGUCGUUUGCAAUUUGACGGAUAUGCAGUACGUCAUCUUCCAUGCCACCAUCAACACCACAGAAGAUGGAGCUUAUCUGGAAUUCUUUAUUAGACACGCAGAUGGAAGCCCAAUUAGUUCAGAAGCCGAAAAGCAUCGUGUGACUCUUUGCUUGAGAGCUGCUAUCGAGAGACGAGCAUCCGAGGGUGUAAGGCUUGAGCUAUGCAAAGCAGAUAAACCAGGACUAUUAGCGGAAGUGACACGAACCUUUAGAGAAAACGCGUUAAACGUGACACGGGCCGAGAUCACUACAAGAAAGGGUACAACCGAAAACAUUUUCUACGUCACGGAUGCCCUUGGAUACUGUGUAGAUUCGAAGAUCAUCGAGUCGGUCAGAGAAAGAAUCGGGUCAGAUUACCUUCGAGUAAAGGAACUACCAUGUAGGAAUCACGAAAAAGGUGAGAAAGAGGAACAACAAACAGGUGGAAUUGGUGGGGCAGUUUUAUUGUCACUUGGAAGCUUAGUAAGAAGGAACCUUUACAACUUGGGGCUCAUAAAAUCAUAUUCUUAAAUCCACCAAAUUAGAUACAGAUAUUUGGGCAUAUAUACCUUGGUUAUUUGUGUUGUGUAAAUAGAACAAGAAAAGGGAAGAUUGGGUUGGUGUUAAAUGGUUGUGAUGGGUUGGUGUUACAAAUGGGUAGAAUAGGUAUAUAGAAGGGGACCACAGAAUUGAGCUGUUUUCUUGUUGGCAUGGCAGUGGCAGUGGCAAUUGCAAUAUAUAGAAGGGGGGUUGGGAGCAAUUAUUUAGGUAGAUGAAUAUGGAAUUACAAUUAUACCCAUUUGUGACUCCCAUAUAUACAUAGUAACAGUUGUAGCAGUUUGUACAUUAACUUCUUUUUAUAAUACCACCCAAUAUUAUUCUAUUGUCUAGGGUUA